UUGCCUAAUAUUAGUUCAUUCAAUAUGGCAAUUAGAGUAAGUAGUGACUCAUUGACAGCCUUUCCAAAAGCGCUUCCUAUUAAGUUCUCUAUUCAAAAGCACCCAAACGUCAAGUUUAUUUCUUCGGCUAACUUAUGGAGGAGAAGAGACCGAGUGCAUCUUCCGAGAAAGGCUACCACAUUAAACUACGCCAAGGAAGCGAUUGAUGUCCCGAAGGACUUAUUCGAUCAGAGAGCUGAUUCAAUGGAAGAGCUUGUAGGAGUGGAGCUGAUCAAGUUAAAAGCCGUGGUUGCUAUUACGAAUAGCAAAAGGGAUUGCUUGAGGGAAGUCAUGCUUGCGGCCUUCGAAGCUUUCAAUGCAAAUCCUUCUCACGGCUUUGUUUCUCUGCAGCUUGUCAGCAAUACAUUUGAUCCAAGGACGAUGAAGCCGAAGUUGAGCAAGGAAGCAACAUUGCCGUUGAAGCCGAACGGCAACAUUAUGGCACAUGGUGGUAACCGAAGAACGAUAAACCAUGACGUUGAGUUUGCUGUGGAAUCUAAUUUCGGGAUCCCGGGAGCCCUUCUGGUGACCAAUAAAGGAGACAAAGAGCUGUUUCUAGAGAACAUCAACAUUGAAGGCAUUGCUGACUUUGUCUGCAACUCCUGGGUUCGGCCCGACAAGGUUAACAAUGAGAAAAGAAUCUUCUUCUGCAACAAGGUAUAUUUGCCUAAUGAGACCCCGGAAGGACUGAAAGAGCUAAGGGAGGAAGAAUUGAGACAACUGAGAGGCGACGGUGAAGGGGUGAGACUGAUGUCGGAUAGGAUAUACGACUAUGAUGUAUACAAUGACAUAGGAGACCCCGAUAAAGGUCUAGAUUUAGUAAGGCCGACUCUUGGUGGUGAAGAGAACCCUCAUCCCAGACGGUGUCGUACGGGUCGCCCUGCGGCUAACACAGACGAGAGAGCGGAGUCACGAGUAGAAGAUCAUGAUAAGACCCCAAUUUAUGUGCCCAGAGAUGAAACCCUUGCAGAUUCGAAGAGAGAAGCAGUCAAUAGAGACAAGCUAAAGGGCAUCCUCCGAAACAUCGUGCCAUCUCUGGUCGCUCGGCUUUCAACUGAAAGCGAUGUUCUGAAGGGGUUUUCGGAUGUUAAUGGUCUCUACCGAGAGAGGUCUCUCGUGCAACCGGAGUCACAAAAGAACAGAAUCAUAGAGAAGCUUCCAAUUGCAAGAGUUUUAUGCAAAAUUCAAGGCUUGGCAGAAGAGAUUGUCAAGUUUGAACCUCCAAAAAUCAUUUCUGGGGACAACGGUUGUUGCCUCAGAGAUGAUGAUUUUGGGCGCCAAGUACUUGCAGGAAUAAACACACUGAGCAUCGAAUGCCUCAGGGAAUUUCCUCCCAAGAGCAAGCUCGAUCCUUCCAUAUAUCCCCUGCAAUCAGCUCUAAAAGAGGAACAUAUUAUUGGUCAUCUUGAUGGCAUGUCCCUACAGAAGGCAAUAGAGGAAAAGAAAUUGUUCAUCUUGGACUACCAUGACAUAUACCUUCCAUUCCUCAAUCAGAUAAAUGCUCUCGAGGGCCGAAAGGCAUAUGCGACCCGCGCAAUCUUCUUUCUAACAUCCGCAGGGACACUUAAGCCAAUUGCAAUCGAGCUUAGCCUGCCACCAUCGGGUGGGAAUAUUCCGUCAAAUCGGGUUCUCAGCCCUCCGGUCGAUGCGACCUCCAAUUGGCUCUGGCAAAUGGGCAAAGCCCAUGUUUGCUCCAACGACGCUGGAGUCCAUCAACUUGUUCAUCAUUGGUUGAGAACCCACGCGUGCAUGGAACCGUUCAUAAUAGCGGCCCACAGGCAGAUGAGCAGAAUGCAUCCCAUCUUCAAGCUCUUGGAGCCUCACAUGAGGUAUACCCUCAAGAUCAAUGCCAUGGCCCGAGAGACCCUCAUCAACGCCGGCGGCAUCAUUGAGACAGACUUCACACCUGGUCACUACUGUAUGCUCAUGAGCUGCGCUGCCUACCGAGAUUGGUGGCGCUUCGACUUCGAGGGCCUCCCUUCCGACCUCAUCAGAAGGGGAAUGGCAGUGGCAGAUGAAAGCAAGCCCCAUGGGGUGAAGCUGGUAAUUGAAGACUACCCUUAUGCUAGUGAUGGACUUCUCAUAUGGUCAGCAAUUGAGAGACUGGUUCAAACUUACGUGAACUACUACUAUCCUAAUUCGAGCACGAUCUGGUCGGAUACUGAGCUCCAAGCUUGGUACGCUGAGUCAGUCAAUGUAGGCCAUGCUGAUCUCCGGCACGCGAGCUGGUGGCCCAAGCUCUUAACCCCAAGUGAUCUUAGCUCCAUUUUGUCCACCCUCAUCUGGAUCUCAUCCGCGCAGCACGCAGCCCUGAACUUCGGGCAGUACCCUUAUGGGGGAUAUGUCCCAAGCCGUCCACCACUAAUGCGGCGGCUCUUGCCUGAUGAGACCGAUCCCGAUUAUCCCAUUUUCAUGGCGGACCCACAAGGUUACUUCACAUCAGCAUUGCCGAGUCUAUUUCAAGCGACUAAGUUCAUGGCCGUGAUUGAUAUCAUCUCAGCACACUCGCCGGAUGAGGAGUACGUUGGGGAGAGGAGAGAUCUGUCAGCCUGGUCCGCCGACCCUGAGAUAGUCGAAGCCUUCUUCAAGUUCUCGACAGAGAUAAAAGCAAUUGAGAAGGAGAUCGAGAAGAGGAACUCUGAUCCAAGCCUCAAAAACAGAUGUGGCGCCGGGAUCUCACCAUAUCAGCUGCUAUUACCAACGUCGCAGCCCGGGGUUACCGGUAGAGGUGUCCCGAAUAGUAUAACCGUAUAAGACCUCCUGUACCAGCUUCUGUAUGCGUGACAAAUAAUUUCUACACAGACUUGAAAGUCUCAUCUGUAAAUAUUAGUCAUUAAGUAAUUGCUGGAAGCAGAAACUAUCUUUUAUUUACUACAAAUAAAGAAAGAAAAUUCCGAAUAUAAAAUUAUUUAAUAA